AUGAGCGCAGAGGAAGAAACCAAAGGGAAGUUAGUUAUAUAUAUAUAUAUAUAUAUAAAACAAAACCAAAAAAAACAACAACAACAACAACAACAACAACAACAACAACAACAACAACAACAACAACAACAACAACAACAACAACAACAACAACAACAACAACAACAACAACAACAACAACAACAACAACAACAACAACAACAACAACAACAACAACAACAACAACAACAACAACAACAAGAAGGCCAGAAACAACAACAAAAACUGAAAGCGAAGGAGGAAGAGAGCUCACCGCUACUACCUUAUUGCCGGAGAAGAUCUGACCGUGAUGCUCCUCCUCCCGGGAGAAGAAACAGAGGAGAAAGGGAGGGUGAUAGCUUCCUCCGCGGCUCCAUGCUAAACCUGCAGCGCCGAGGAAGAAACCAAAGGGUAAGUUAG